CUGCAGCACACACACACACACACACACACACACACACACAGACAGACACACACACACAGACAGACAGACAGGUGGAUCUCCUCCAGCUGCAGGUUUGUUUCCGGUUUCUUUCUGUUUCGGUGGAGGGUUUUAAAGACCGUCAGUGUCGUGAUGUCAGUGUCUCCCGCCCUCGCCGAUCUCUCUCGUCUCUAUCAGACGGAGUUUGUUCGGAGCGCCCGGGCGGUCGGCGUCCUCUGGGCCGUCUGUACACUCUGCUUCGCCAUCAUCCAGGUGGUCGUCCUGGUGCAGCCGUCAUGGAUCGGCACAGCAGACACUCGCCACCAGGGGGCGGGACCGGCUCCACCCAGCGGCACCCUGGGAUUGUUUGAGGUGUGUGUGGAGUCGGACUGGCCGGUCACGGACUGUCGUGGUGGUCUGUCCAGUCUGUCUCCUCUGCCGUCCUUCCAGUCGGUGGCAGUGUUGGUGGGAGUGUCUCUGUGGGCAGUUUGGACCAGCGUCCUCUGUCUCUGUCUCUUCAGGUUCUGCAGCGCUGCAACUGUCUACAAGAUCUGUGCAUGGCUGCAGCUCACUGCAGGUUUCUGUCUGGCGUUGGCUUGUCUUCUGUUUCCAGACUCAUGGGAGAGUCCAGAGAUGAGAGCUCUCUGUGGAGACUCUGUGGGCAGUUUCUCUCCAGGUAACUGUUCGGUCCACUGGGCCUACAUCCUGGCCAUCCUGGGGGUUCUGGACGCUGCUAUCUUGGCCACGUUAGCCUUCGUCCUCGCCAACAGACAGGACGCCCUGCUGCCACCUGACGCCAAGGAGGUGACCACGGGUCUGCUGUUGUCAGCGUAGAGUCGCCAGUGAUCUUCACUUCUCCUCCUCUUGAUCUCUCCAUCCUUCAUCAUCAUCAUCAUCAUCAUCAUCAUUAUCAGAGGAAGAGACAAAUAUCAAACUGAGCCAGAAGAAGAAUACAACAUUCCUCCUCCUCUCCUCUCAUCAUCACCUGGUUUCCUAGCAACCGUAUCCACCUUAAGGUCGCCACGGCGAGGAAAAAAAUAUGAAGACGAGCAGUACGAAUUCAUAAAGAAAAGAAAAUAAGGAUGGAGAAGACAGUAAACGUACAGGACAUAUUCCCAGACAGAAGCUAUAAGUACAUAUAACCUGAACCUUAGACUGCUGUAUCAUACUCUAUAUUGCCCCACAGGAUUCUGGGUCCAAUCUGUGUUGAUGUGUUGGGGCAGGAAGGUUUGGACAGAAUUUAAAACCUCUUUAUCUAAAAUUCAAAUGCAACAGCAGCACCUCAAAAGAGCUAUUUGUGUUUGUCCUAAUUAUUAAAGUGCACUACUGUUUUAUAGUGAAUAUUUUAUUAUGUUUGUCUAAUAUUAUCAUCAUGUGUUUGUUGGGGAGGAGUCAGGCACAUAUGGAAAGCCAAAAGGGUCACAAUAUGUCACUUAAGAGAGUCAAAGGUUGUCACUCUCCAACACAGAGUCCAACACAGAGUCCAACACAGAGUCCACAACACAGAGUCCACAACACAGAGUCCACAACACAGAGUCCACAACACAGAGUCCACAACACAGAGUCCACAACACAGAGUCCACAACACAGAGUCCACAACACAGAGUCCAACACAGAGUCCAACACAGAGUCCACAACACAGAGUCCAACACAGAGUCCACAACACAGAGUCCACAACACAGAGUCCAACACAGAGUCCACAACACAGAGUCCACAACACAGAGUCCACAACACAGAGUCCAACACAGAGUCCACAACACAGAGUCACAACACAGAGUCCACAACACAGAGUCCACAACACAGAGUCCACAACACAGAGUCCAACACAGAGUCCAACACAGAGUCCACAACACAGAGUCCAACACAGAGUCCACAACACAGAGUCCAACACAGAGUCCACAACACAGAGUCCACAACACAGAGUCCAACACAGAGUCCACAACACAGAGUCCAACACAGAGUCCACAACACAGAGUCCAACACAGAGUCCACAACACAGAGUCCAACACAGCUGGAUAACGUUAGGUUGUUUGCUUGCUAACGUUAUCGCUGGCAAAAUACUAUCUGAGUGGAUGUGUUAGUUGGCUAUUAUUAGCUUCCCCAGCUAACUUGAUCCAUGAUACAAACGUACGUAUUCUGACAGUGUUGACUUUAGCAACAAUAAAUGAUGCGGCGGUACAAAGCUAAUGGUAGAUUGCUACCAGCCAAGGUUGUGUGCAGGUGGGUAGCAAGGUUUUUCCAUAGCUCCUGUUUUGCAAAGUCAGUAAGGUCAAACGUUUUGCAAUUUUAUGGCAUAAAAGGCAGCGUUUUACACCACAAAUGUGACAACAUAUCAAGUUUGAAAAGUGACUUUUGACCCUUUUGGCUUUCCAUAUGGUCCCCCUCAAAACAUGUUUCCAGAGCUAUGCAAGCGUGAAGAUUAGUUCGAGGAGGGUGGAUGCAAGUGAAUAAGAAAUAGGAAAGAGAGAGAGGAGGUGGUAUGACGGAAAAAUAGAAAAAGAGGAAGAUGAAGAGAAGAGGAAGAGGAGAGCUUCAUUCUGUUCUCCGUCAACAUGGCGGCUCUGUAACAAAGCCACAAACAUGCAGUUAAAGCAGUCGUCUUUAGAUUAAUCUUCAGUCACACAGUUUAGUCUCUCUUUGUGUUUAGCCUAGCUUAGCUGUCUGAUUUUAAUGUUGUAUCUUGUUGGCUAUGUAUAGUUAGCUUAGAUUUAGCCUGUAGGUCUCACUCUCUUAGAGUUAGCUUCUCGGUCAAUUUAGCUCCAGGUUUGCCUCUGACUCAAGUUAGUAUAGCUUUAGCUCCAGUUAGCUUACAUUUAGCUCCUAGGUGAAGUUUGCUUAGAGUUAGCUUCUGGGUCAAAUUAGACUAAACCCAACAGGAUGGAUUUGGGAUUAACAUGAUAGCUAAAUUUCCAUUUUUUGUGCUAAGCUAGGCUAAACACAGAGAUGAAAUUGAUAUCCAUCUGCUACAUCAGAGAAAACGGAACAAGGGGAUUUAACUAAAAUUAGAUUUAAGCUUCCUGUCCUGGGUCAGUAUUUCCCUGCAGUGUGUCUUCCAGGCUCAACGCUCAGCUGUUCAGACUGUAGGAAUUGUUAUUUUCAUAGCACAUGUAAACAUGUAAAACUGUAUACGACUGUAUUUUAUCAACACAGAACAGCUCAAAAUCUGAACAUUAGUUUAGUGAUUUGUUUAAUAGGAUCUAAUAAUGAGAGGUCACAUGUAUCUGCCGGAGUUAGUAUUGUAACUAAUGGUUAGUGAAUAUAAAAAUGUAACUGUGGCAAUAUUUUAGUGCCAAAACAAAAUCCUGAUGAAAAAAAAGUCAAUGUGUUAUUCAUUGGGUCAAGAAUGAAAAUCAGUUGCCGUGGUUACAGCGGUGUCAGCGCUAUGUAUUUGUGUGGUUUGUUACACAAUCUGAAGGUGAACAUGUGGAAUAAAAAUUGUCCCUAACGUGUCUCCAUACAGUUUCACCUUCCAUAACCUCGAUUUUAUAACGUCGGAUCAUUUUGUAGAUAAAUGUUUGUAUUCAGGUUGUUGUUGUUUGUUGUUUACAGACUGUAUCAUGCAUGUCAGGCUGUACAGUAACAUAAACAGUAUUUAUUUAUGUUUGUGUGUUUUUAUUUACUGAGAAUAAAUUAUAGAUUUUA